UCCAUAUUUCUUCACCCAACACACACACAUCUGUAUGGGGCCUGCCAGGGGGUCAGCCAAAUUGCUAGGGGCUUGGAGGUGGCAAUACAAUGUUUUGUGAUAAUUAAAUGGUGCGAUUUAUAAACAUUUAACGAGUUUUACAUUGUCCAGUUAUGAGGCUGAUAAUUACCGUGGUUGUAAUCAGCCGGGACAAUAAUGACGGAAUUAUCGCCAAAGGAUCCUGGUGAGGGAUCGCCAAAUCAGACUGCAGUAAUGUCAACCCCAUCGAACAAUUCUUACACUGCCCCAAUGGACCUGGUGUCCCGGGGGGUGAGUGGGAGAUUACGACAGCUCGAAAAUCUGUUCACCAGUGGUCCAGUACAGGGUGGACGUGUGGGCCACACAUUUUCGAUUGAAACGCUCAUCGAUAUUUUAUUAAUCCUCUAUGACGAGUGUUGCAACUCCUCACUGCGACGUGAAAAAACAGUCUCUGAUUUUAUCGAAUUUGUGAAACCAGUGGCUGCCUGCAUAAAAAGCCUCCAACUGGCGCGCGAGGAUUUCGAAAUAGUCAAAGUCAUUGGACGCGGUGCAUUUGGUGAAGUAUGCGUUGUAAAAAUGCGGGGAUCGGACAAAGUAUUUGCCAUGAAAAUUCUCAACAAGUGGGAGAUGCUGAAACGCGCCGAGACAGCGUGUUUCAGGGAAGAGAGAGACGUACUGGUCUACGGUGAUCGCAGAUGGAUAACAAAUCUUCAUUAUGCAUUUCAAGACGACAAUAAUCUGUAUCUCGUUAUGGAUUACUACUGUGGGGGUGAUUUACUCACUCUUCUGAGCAAAUUUGAGGAUCGACUGCCCGAGGAUAUGGCACGUUUUUACAUUGCCGAAAUGGUAUUGGCCAUUGCUUCCAUACACAAUCUACGGUACGUCCAUCGAGACAUUAAACCUGAUAAUGUUUUACUCGAUGCCAAUGGGCACAUACGACUCGCCGAUUUUGGAUCGUGUUUGAGGCUGUUCGAGGAUGGCACUGUGCAGAGUAAUGUCGCUGUUGGAACACCGGAUUAUAUUUCUCCAGAAAUUUUGAGGGCAAUGGAGGACGGCCAGGGUCGCUACGGUCCCGAAUGCGACUGGUGGUCUCUCGGUGUCUGCAUGUACGAGAUGCUGUACGGCGAGACCCCCUUCUACGCGGAAUCUCUAGUCGAAACAUACGGUCGGAUAAUGAACCACAAGAACUGCUUCGACUUCCCCACAGACGAGGCCUACGACGUCUCGGACGAGGCGAAAGACCUGAUGCGAAAAUUAAUCUGCAGUUCGGAAUUUCGUCUCGGCCAGAAUGGCAUCGAUGACUUCAAGAAGCACCCGUGGUUCGAGGGUGUCAACUGGGAGACACUGAGAGACAGUACAGCCCCGUACAUCCCAGAAGUCUCCUCCCCAACGGACACCUCCAACUUCGACGUUGACGACACAGACGUGAGGAGUUCAGACGCUGUUCCACCAGCAGCGAAUUCCGCCUUCUCAGCGCUUCACCUGCCCUUCGUGGGCUUCAGCUUCACCCAGGGGAGCUGUAUAUCGGACCUGGGCUCCCUCCCAGUGCUGACGCAGCCCCAACGAGACAAAAACAUCGAGAGCCUUGAGCAGGAGAACACAAGAUUGCUGCAGACAAUAUCAGAAUUGAAGAAUCAGUUGUCCUCAAACACCAGCACAACGUCACCGACGAUCUCCCCGGAGUCGUCUAACGCCACGAGAAAGCUCCAGGACGAGAUAAACACCCUGACGAAGCGCAACGGCGAGCUGGAGUGCCAGUUGAAGUCGCUGGAGAGCUCGGCAAGCCGAGAAAUCCGAGGGAUUGACAACGGCGACUUGACGAAGCUCCACGAUCUCGAGAAACUCGUUCGAUUGCUGAAGACGGAGAAGGAGGAGGCGGUGAAGGACAAGCUGGACGCUCUGGAGAAGCUCAAGCUCCAGGACAAGGAGCUGAAGGACGCCCUGACCCAGAGGAAGCUGGCGAUGGCGGAGUACACGGAGGUGACUGACAAGCUGUCAGAGCUUCGUCAGCAGAAGCAGAAGUUGUCGCGUCAGGUGCGCGACAAGGAGGAGGAGCUCGAGGUGGUGAUGGCCAAGGUCGACAGUUUGAGGCAUGACAUCAGGAAGGCGGAGAAGCUCAGGAGGGAGUUGGAGAACAGGGUCGAGGAGGCGAUGGCCGAGACGAGUAAGGAGAGGAAAUUGAGGGAGAGGAGUGAGGAGUACUGCAAGCAGAUGCAGGAGGAGACUGAGAAGAUCAGGCAGAGGUCUGUGGGUAAUGAUGCGCGGGCUAACGAUGCACUCGCCACACAGGAGAUCAACAGGCUCAAGGCCGAGGUGGAGAAGCUCGAGGUGCAGUACAAUGAGAAUCUCAAUCAGCAGCAGGGGAGGCACAAUGUGGAGAUGAGGAGUCUCCAGGAGCAGUUGCACGAGGCUGAGGGCCACAGGGAACUCCUCGAGAGGGAGAUACAGGUGACGAAGGACAAGCUCGAUGCUGCCAGGCUGGAGAAUAUCACUGACAGUGAGGAGACCAUCAGCGAGUUGAGCAGACGACACGAGAGGGAGAAGAUCAUGCUGACUGAGGAGAACAAGAAACUUCUGCUGGAGUUGUCCUCGGUUACUGACAGUGUUAAUAGGAUUUCGAGUGAGAGGCGACAGAUCGAGGAGGAGUACGAGGAACUGAGGAACAAGAAGGAGGCGAUUGCUCAGUGGGAGGCGCAGAUCACGGAGAUCAUACAGUGGGUGUCUGAUGAGAAGGAUGCCAGGGGAUAUCUGCAGGCACUGGCUACCAAGAUGACGGAGGAGUUGGAGUUCUUGAAACACUCUGGGGGGGUUGGAGGGGUGGGAAGCACCUCGACCAUGUCGGAUAAGAACUGGAGGAAUAGGAGGUCACAGAAACUUGAUAAAAUGGAAUUGCUGAAUCUUCAGAGCUCGUUGCAGAGCGAGAUACAGGCGAAACAGGCCAUCUCUGAGGAACUUACGAAGACUAGAUCUGAUCUUAUUGCUGCUCAAAAGGAAUUACGUGACUUCAGACAACGACUGGAUUCAAUGUCCCACGAAAUGAAGAGGAAGGAAAUACAAAUCAAGGAAUUGCAAUCACGUAUUGAUUCGAGCGAUGGUUUCUUGGAGCGCCCAACAUCGCAAAUGUCGUACUUGGAGCACUUCCUGAAGGAAACGGCCGGCAGCACUCGUCAUGGCAGUGUCGACAGCGUUGAGGGUGACAUCGAGGACAAUCGGGCGCCGAGCAUCACGAGUAGCAAGAGCAAUUUAUCCGAAUUGAGCAUUGAUCCAACGUCACCACUGUCUCACGAACUCCUCAACAAAUCAUCGGCGUCCCACAGUCAAGUGGCAAGCCUCCAGCCAAAGCCAAAGUCCCAUCAAUUUCUGGUGCGAACAUUCUCAGCACCAACGAAAUGCAAUCACUGCACUUCCCUCAUGGUUGGACUCACCAGGCAGGGAGUUGUGUGCGAGGUAUGUGGUUUUGCCUGCCACAUGCCGUGCUGCGAUAAAGUGCCAGCAAUGUGUCCAGUGCCCCAUGACAAGACAAAACGACCACUUGGAAUUGAUCCAACUAGGGGCAUUGGCACUGCCUACGAGGGCUACGUCAAGGUGCCCAAGAUGGGGGGCGUCAAGAAGGGAUGGAUUCGCCAAUUUGUCGUUGUCUGUGACUUUAAAUUAUUCCUUUACGAUAUAUCGCCUGAUCGUAAUGCACUGCCAUCGGUCUAUGUAUCGCAAGUUCUCGAUAUGAGGGACGAGGAGUUUGGCGUUAGUUCAGUACGUGAAUCUGAUGUUAUUCAUGCUACGAAGAAAGACAUUCCAUGCAUUUUUAGGAUUACAACGUCCUUGCUGGAGCCACCAGGUUCACGAAAUCAUACUUUGAUGCUGGCUGACACUGAGAGCGAGAAAACCAAAUGGGUUGUGGCGUUAAGUGAACUUCAUCGAAUAUUAAAAAGAAAUAAUCUUCCAAAUACAACGAUCUUUCGUGCAAAAGAAUUGCUGGACAAUACAUUGUCAGUUGUAAAGAACGUGAUGUCAGGAGCGAUAAUAGAUCCUGAUCGUCUAGUCAUUGGUACCGAGGAGGGCCUAUUCUGUUUAGAUUUAGAUCGUAGCGAAAUUGCUAAAGUUGGUGAGGGAAAGAAGAUAUAUUUACUCGAGUAUAUCACCGAGGAACAACUUAUUGUGGUACUGAGCGGUAAACAGCGCCACGUGAGACUAGUCCCAGUGCGUGCACUCGAUGGUGAUGAGGUUGAAUGGAUCAAAGUUGCUGAGACUAAGGGCUGUAUAACUCUGACUACAGGCGUUGUCAGGCGUAAUCCACUCACAUACUGUCUCUGUGUUGCGAUAAAAAAACAGAAUGCUUCACAUGUGAUGAUAUACGAAAUAACACGUACAAAAACCCGCCACAAACGUAUUCAAGAAUUAAUGUUACCCUGUCAUGCACAAACACUUCAAGUACUGUCAGAGGGACGUUUAUGCGUUGGUUAUCCAUCAGGCUUUUCGAUAUACAGUAUUCUCGGCGAUCAUCAUCCUAUUUCAUUGGUCCAUCCUGAAAACACACUGCUAGGAUUUUUGACGUACAGUGCCAUCGAUGCACUACGCUGCAUUGAAUUGCCGAGAGGUGAAUUCUUGCUCGUAUUCCAAACACUCGCUGUUUACGUUGACAGCCAGGGGAGGAAGAGCAGAGAUCGGGAGAUCAUGUAUCCAGCUGUUCCAACUGCAGUCAGCUAUUGCGAAGGAUAUCUCCUGGUUUACAGUGAGACCCACGUGGAUCUGUUCGACUGCAAUACUGGGGACUGGCUGCAGACGUUGAAUGUAAAACGUGCACGACCACUCAAUAAUUCGGGAUCAUUGACCAAUUGCAUGAUCAAUGAUAUGCCGUAUGUUAUUUAUUUGAGUCAUCUCCAUCAACGAGAAUUACUGAAUUUAGCACCUCUCGAUGCCAGUGGGAGACAGAUGACGAGACCCAGGAGGCGAUUUUCGCUGCGCGAGGGGAACAGAAGCUCUCGACCCACCGACAGACGAUCGAAAAUGAUCUCAGCGCCAACGAAUUUCAAUCACAUUAGUCACAUGGGGCCGGGAAAUGGUAUUCAAAUUCAACGUUUGUUGGAUUUACCAACGACCCUCGAGACAGCGGACCAACAGCAGUAUUCGAGUCAUCACAGUAGUAGUUCUCAUUUGCAUGGGAAUCCACAGCAACGAUUUUACGCAAAUACUGGUCUUCAGGCGCCAACAAAACCAGCACCAUUGCCACCCAGGCAUCCACCAUCAGACACGAGACGUCUAAGUUCCCAUAUGCAGAGAAAUUCUGGUUAUUCGCCUCAUAAUGGUUCAACAUCGUCGAGAAGAGGCCCAGCACCACCUCGGCCCACAGCAACACCACCUUCGUUACCCCGGACACCAGUCGAUCAGGCGGAAUCUGAAUCACUUCAUAUGCGAUCCCAUACACCACUGUCACUCGGUAGUGUUGCUUCUUUGCAGGAAAAGGAGCACACAGCUGGUGGAAGUCCUCGUCACUCAAUAGCCUCGAACAACAGUUCGAACCCAUCAACACCACCGAGUCCAGCCCAUGACCACGGUUCAUCUUCCUACGACUCAUAAAUCCCCCAGAUACUCAUCGGCCAGCUACUUACAUGCACCGAACGCCACAAUCAGGUAUGAAUACCAAGCGUGAGGCUGCAAAACUCCCCUUAGAAUAAACUAAACAGAAAAACAAUGAUCGAGUUGACGAUAAACUCAUUGAGCAGCUGUCGAGACAACUUUGAAAGCAGUACACGUACACCUGUAGUCACAGGUUCUACGGCUAACGAGUUGCCAUAGUAUUACUGCAGAUUAAUUAAUUGUACACUUGAAAAGAAGAAAAAUUACGAACUAAUUUUAUCCAUUUAAUUGCCAAAUAACAUAUGCUAGAGUCUCACUAAAGGUAUGAAAUUUAUAUAAAUAACACGAAAUUUAUUCUCAUUUUUAUUUCUUCAAAUUUUUAUCAAUCUUCUUUUUGUCGAUGUUCGUGGAGAAUCAGAGUAUUUGCCACUGUCAAAUAGCCUUAUUUAUUUUAACGUAAAAGAAGGGAAUGUGGACAGCAUUUUUAUUUUAUAUUUUUUAUUCGAGUGUCAUUCAAUGUUUAAUCAGGUUUUUUACGAGAAAAGGGGAGUGGAUUUCCUGGCAAAUUUUUAACACUUGAAUCAUGCAUAAUUGAAGUGAAGUGGAUUUUUUUUUCUUCAAGACAUUCACGUUAAAUCCAUCGACUCAUUUUAUUCCGCCACUUCACAAAAUUGAUAAUUGUAAAUAGACACAUGAAAUUGGCCGAAGCUUAUUGAUAAUCCCCACAAAAUUUUAUGAAUUUCCUGUGUCAUUGUUCCCCUCAAAAAAAAAUUAUCACAAUAACGAAAAAGUCUGAGUUUUUUCUCCGAAAAAAAAUGAGACAUAAAUCAGUCAAAUUAUAGUAGAGAAUAAUUACUCAAUUAGUCGACCCUCAGUUCUAGGUAGAACACAAACAAAAAUGAAUUACUAAGUUCGAAGUAGUGUUUAAAAAAAAACCAUUGUUAGGAUUAAACCUAUUGAAUUAAUGAGAAAUAAUAAUCAAUCUUCCAUCCGGAAGACAUGAAGAGGGAAAGAACAAAUAUAAAAUUUAUUGAAUGCCUUAUGAUUGAAAAAGUUUUAUAUUUAUGUCAUAAUGCAGUUUAAGGCAUUAUACAUAAUUUAAUUGAUACGCCCACAGUGUGAAUAGUAGUGAGUAAGCGUAAUAAUUUGUUGCAAUCACGUGUAGAUGAUAAUUACAAAUGAAUAUGUGAAGAUCAUUAAUGAUUAAUAACAAUGUCAAUAAUAUAUUACGUAUGUAAUUCGUCGAGGGUAACAAGAGUCAAAGUCAAAUGUCAUUUAUACAGUUUAAUAACAGAUGUUGGUUUCAGUCCACUUGUUAUUUUUAAGAUACUGACAAUUAAUUUUAAUAGAGUAAUUACUUAUGUCACUUCAAGGAAUUUUUUUUAUUCAUUUUUUCAAAUGAAAGUUUGGAAUUUUAAAUCAACUACUGCUUUAUGUGGGAAUUACGAGUUUCCCGGGGGAGUUUUAAUUUUUUUAUCGUUUUUUAAUGCUGAUUAUUGUGGUAUAUUUGGCUGUAUUUUUGUGAAAAAGCGAGUGGUAAUUGUCGGUUUUAUUAUUAAUUAGGGGAUAAUUGUGGCUUCCAUUCGAGAGGCCGUUUAUAUUCACGAGUCUUUCCAAUUUUAAUGUCUAAGUUUUUCUUGUUCUCGAUGGGGGAAUGGAGAUUUAACCAGUGAUUUUGACGAGUAGUCUUAGAUAAUUCGGAAUUAGGGGUGGGAAACAGGACGAGUUAAUUUUAAAAUUCAAUUGGAGAUUAUUUUUUAAGGGAAAAAUAUUCACCUGUUGUUUACUCUCCCUGUUUUUAUUCUACUCCUCUUGAGCAAAAUUGCAGUUUAUAGUCAAUGGAUGAAAAUUCAUGAGAAUACCACGAGCAAAGGAAGAAAUUUAUCAUGAGAUUUUUAACAAUGUACGUUAAUGUUUUCAAAAUGCAUCGGAGGGCAGUUUUAACCGAAAUUCUCAGAGGUAGUUUUAAGGAUCAAUAUACUCCGACACUCGUAUUAUUUCAUGGCAACAGGUGUUGAAAUUUUUUUUUAAUGUAUCUUGAAAUCAAAGACUCUGAAACACAAUAUUGAAGAACAAUGAAAAUCAGACUGACUCGCAAUACACGCCGAUUCAGGUAGAAAAUUAAGUUGACGCAUUGCAGUUUUUAUUUCGAUUAUUUUUAAUAGAAUUUGUAUUUAUGAAAUUUUGUAAAUAACUCGAAUCAUCAGAAGUUUGCAAGUCUUCUCUCAUCAUUGAUCAAUUUUACUCUGCAGAGAUGAAAGAAUUCAUCGAAUUUUGGAGAAUAAAACUGAAUUUUUUCAAUUUUUUUUACUGAUUAAUGAAGUAAAAUCUAAUUUUGGUUAAUGGAUAUGAGCCACAAGGAUCAAUUGAUGAAUUUACACGAUCGUGUUGUAGCAUAAUGUCUAUCAUUGAGUAGAAAUUUCAAGGAGACUAAGGAAAUGAUUAAACAAGAGAAAAAAACGUAAAAUUAAAUAAGUUUCAGCAUAAAAGCGUAGAUUAGGCGUAUUACUGGUGGUUAAAACCAGUGUAAUAUAAUAAUCUGGUCCUAUUAUACAGCAUUUUGAAACGCAUAUAGUUUUAGCGUACGUCAUUAUAACGAGAACAAACGAAAAUGAAACAAACUUAUUUAUGGCUCUUGUGCAUUGUUCAAAGUAUUUAUUGAAUGAAAACAAAAUUAUAAAUAACGAUUAUAUAGUGGAAUUAUUGUAUUUAGUUGCGGCGUUGUGGAACUGUAGAUUUAAAUUUUUUAGAUUAUUUCUGUAGAAUUUUCUCAUGAUUCUUGUUUUUCUUUUUUUAAUUAAUUAAAUAUGAUCGCGUUUGGAGAUGUGUACAAACGCGUUGAACAAUAACAAUAUUUUCUUUUUCAAUAUACAAGUUAUAUAAUUUAAUAUACAGCACAGAGAAAUUAUAAUCAUGAAAACAUA